CUCUCCGGUCCAGAACGCCGAGCACGAACCGCGGUCAUCUUCGCGCCCCCGUGGGCGACCCAGGCAUCGCGAGCCGGCAGGCACAAGGCAGAUCGUGCCUCUCCCUCGACCGCAUGUUUCGUUCUCGCCAAAGCAGCAAUCCGCCGUCCUCCGCUGACCACCCACGUGGCGGUCGGCGAUGCAGCAAGUCAGGGUGAAACAUCAAAUGAACCAGUGUCAGUCCUCGCGCCGCUGAGCAAGAGCGAGGAUGCGCAUACAACGGACAACCGCAGCCCCAACCAUACCCCCCCAAGCACCAGAUGACGGUGCUGUCGCCCCUCCCGCGACCGCGAGGUCCCCCUCGACCUGCGGGGUGCGAGGACCACGAGAUCCCGCUCCGGCGCCCACCGAAAUCAGGCGUGCGUUGAGCUCAGGGAGGGGCCGAAGCUGAGCAGGAGAGAGGGAAUGAAAAAUGUGAAAGGCGAGAGUGCAAGCUGAACCGCAGAGUCUGAAAGGGAGCAACGUGAAGUAAUUGGCAAACACUCUAGUCUUGACUGGUGAUAUGUGCCAGACGAGGAAAAAGUAUGAGCGAUCUGAGCUCGGCUUCGCAAGCAUCAGCGCUGUUCAUGUUGGUGAAGGUACACGCACAAAUCCUGGAUGAACUCAGCAGUUCAUUGCAUGGAGCUUGGCAUGGGAGAAGAACGGGAUGGAAGAGACCUAAGCAUGCCUAAUGCACACAUCGGCCCUGCUCGCUCCUCCAUUCUUCUGGGAAAGCUGGGACGAAUUGGCGAUAUCGCCUGGACAUCUUAGUGCCCCGUCCAUCGAGCCCUUCCCAGAGGGGCAUGCAGGUGCAACGUACGCAAGGAGUCACAUUGAGCGCCCACACGCCAGGUGCAGGUCACUUCUUCUCACGAGAACUCGCCGAUCGAAACGCGUCGGAUCGGCGGAAAUCGACGAACCACCUGCCCUCCCUCCGUGCAGCUCCCGCUCAUUUUGAAGACGCAUGUGCGCGGCGCUGAGAGGCGCUGCAGAGAAGAAGAGGCGCACCGAAGCCCGCAUCGGAAAGCUCGAGGCCGAACCGGAUCGGCGUCGGCACCGGAGUCGGAGGGCGUCCUCCCCUGGGCGGGAGGAGGCAGAGGAGGGAGAGGAGGAGGAGGAACCCUCGAGGGAGGGCGAGGAGGAGGGACAGGAUACCCUCCUCGAAGGAGCCCCCCCGCCUCGCCCUGCCCUCCUCACGGGCCGCGAGGCCGCGCGGGCGCCGUGCGCGGCCUCGCGCGGGCCCGGCCACCCGACGCCCCGCCGGGGGGGGGGGCGGCUCUGCGC